UACCUGCCCCUGAUAUCCUUGAAGUUCUUGAAGAUGGUGUACAGCUGGCCUGGGAAGCAGUGGAACUCAACAACCCAGUGACUUACACUGUUCUGUGCAAGAAGGAUGAUGGAGAGUGGAAAACCCUGGCCAGUGACAUCCCGGCUUGCUGUUACACAGUUGAACACCUUCCUCGGGGUUUGGUCUACUCCUUUCGCAUUGCCUCCGUGAGCCUAGCAGGCGUGGGUCCCUACAGCUAUCCAACCCCAAAAGUGAAAAUUGGUGAAGAAGAUCAAGCAGCAUUUCAGGCUCAGGAGGAAGAGAACAGGAUGGCAGCCCCACCAACGCACCAGACCUACGCCUUCCAGACCGAGAUUAAAAGAGGCCGCUUCAGCAUCAUCAAGCAAUGCCGAGAAAAAUUCAGCGGAAAUCCACUGGCUGCCAAAAUCAUCCCGUAUCAGCCGGAAGAGAAAGACGCCAUCCUACAGGAAUACCAGAUCCUAAGGAAGCUGCACCACGCCAACAUAGGGCAACUGCAGGGCGCCUAUGUGAGUCCACGUCACCUUGUGCUGAUUGUCGAACUCUGCGUGGGGCCCGAGCUGCUUCAUGCCUUAGCUGGAAGGACUUCCUACUCAGAAGUGCAGGUCAGAGACUACCUGUGGCAGAUUCUCAGCGCCGUCGAGUAUCUUCACAAACAGGACAUCCUGCACCUGGAUCUGCGGUCCGAAAACAUGGUGAUUGUUGAGCCCAACCUGUUGAAGCUUCUGGACUUUGGAAAUGCCCACUUCUACUCGCCCGACCAAAUCCUAACCGUGGAUGGUUGCACCGAUUACGUAGAAACCAUGGCUUCAGAACUGGUAUCGGAGAAGGGAGCCGUCCCUCAGACGGAUAUCUGGGCGAUUGGCGUGACGGCUUUCAUCAUGCUGAGCGCUGAAUAUCCCAUCAGCUCCGAGGCUGCCUGUGACUUCGGAAGGCUGGUCAAGCGAGACAAAAUCCGACUCAACAAAUGUUAUGCCGGCCUUUCGGGGGGAGCCAUCAACUUUCUCCAAAGCACGCUUUCCUUGAAUCCAUGGAGAAGACCAACAGCCACAGAAUGUCUUCAGUCUUCGUGGCUGCAGGAGACCGGCUUGGACGAACACCAACAAGCCACGGUGACCUUCUCCACCACCAAGCUGAGAACUUUUGUGGCCGAACGUGAAAGGAAAAGAGCCCUUCUCUCUUCAAAGUAUGGUGUGAUGGCUGUGUAGCCAACAAAGCCGCCUUCACACCAUCUCUUUCUGGCUUUCCGUGGCUCCCCGCUAAGCAGCACAUGGCCGAGCAUUCAGAAGUGUGCAGGCUGAGACAUUUAUUACAAUCGCGAAAGAGAAGAGGCCACAGCCACAACAGAGGGAUGCAUUUUAUUUAUUUUAUAGUAAGGUUCCUCUCAGUUCCUCAACAAAGUGGAAUAAUUAACAGAUUGGAGAAAGUGAAAGUCGGGUGAUGCCUCAGGGAUUAUCUUAAACCUGAAAGAUUGUCUCUUUCCAAAAGCGAUUUAAAGAUGGAGGCAACCCACAGAAGAAGGAGCUUAUGAAAUCUCUGGGUUAUUUCAUUUUAUUUUUUUGCAAAAAAAAGAAAAUAUUUAUGAAAAACCUGUUUUUAGAGGGGGAGGGGAAGAAGAAUCUAGACAAUAUUUUCUAUCUGUUGUUCCCCAUCAGCUGAGCAUGCAAAUGUCCACGCACCUUACAACAGUUUUGCAAAAUAUAUAUAGAGAGAAGACUUAGAUUUUAAUUUCAUUUUUCAUUUAAAUUUAAUUAAAGGUAGUAAACUAAAUUUAAUUUAAUCUUAAUUAUUUAAGUAACUAAAGAAUGUAUUUAAUCAAAAUGAAAUUAAUAAACUGAAUUAAUUAACUAUAAACUGGUUUUAUGAAUUUCGUUUUAUGAAUCUUUUAGCUUUAAUAAUUAU